AUGGCAAUUGCAAUUUCACAACUUCGAGGAGCAUUCGCACUGAAUCAUUUUAAGCCUCGUAAAGCAACAUCACCAUCACCAUCAUCCAAGAGGAAAAAGUCAUUGACGGUGACCAUCAGCAAAGAACCUCCAGUGAUCCAUUGUAUUGAACAAGACAAACUUGAAUGUACAUUUGAAUGUAUCUUUGAUCCUUUGGUGCGGCAUGAUGAUGAAUCUGAUCACCCGGAUCUGUGCAAGAGCAAACCUUCCUGUAAACCAUGGCAGAAACCACCCUACAAGAACGAUCAUCCUAGCAAUAUUGCCAACGUCCUGAGGCGUCUAUGGGUGCAUCCAAAGAUCAAAGACAGCAAUCAGGCUUCAAAAAGCUCAAAGUAG